GCAAUGAAGUCCACUACAUGUACAUUUUAUACAUUUUGUUCAAAUUUAUCCAUUCAUAUCUUGUUGAUGCAUGUAGUCGCGUAUAUAUAUAUAUUCAUGAUUCACAAACUGAGUUAACUGAGUGUCGAUCAAUAAAACCAAACAUCGAUUACGUGGCUUGUUUUAAUUUGCUCAAGUUACCGUCUUACUCAGAGAGCUUUCUCUCUUUCAAUUAAGACGAUCAACAUCACAUUUAUCCCUUUAUAUAACACUGUUUUCAUGUUUAUUCUUGCAUCGUGAAUGUGUAAACAGAGAGGACAAGAGGUGGGAAAUAGGUGGACAGAGACAAAUGAAGGAUGGAUGGAGGAAGGGAGGAGGAGUGUAAGGUAUGAUGGGAGGAGGACCAAGUAGGUAUAUAAGAUGCUGGCCAUCGCCUCCAGUCUUCACCAGCAUUCAUCUCUCCUCAAGGAACAGAAGAGCAACAACCUUCUAACAACAAGAAUGUCUGUUCUAAACUCAGAGAAUGCCUCCACUCUGGAGAACGCCAUGCAGCUGAUGAUCCAGACGUUCCACAAGUACUCUGGAAAUGAGGGCGACAAAUACACCCUCAGCAGGCAGGAACUCAAAGAGAUGCUAUCGCAGGAGCUGGGCAACUACCUUGGGAGUGCACAGGAUAAGGAUGCAGUCGAUAAAGUUAUGGGAGACCUGGAUUCAAACAACGACGGUGAGGUGGACUUCACAGAGUUUGUCAUCCUCGUUGGUGCCCUCACUGUCGCCUGCAACGACUUCUUCCUUGAGUAUCAUGAAAAGGAUGGAAAGAAGGUUGAAAAGAAAGAGUAGAGCUGCAUUUCUCCGAACAAAAGCCAACACAUGACCAGCGAAUGAUGAUGAGGGGGAAAUGAGGGGAGGGGAAUAUAUGUGUGUGUGUGUGUGUGUGUGUGUGUAUGAAUCUUCCUUACUGAUACUUCAAAAGUUUCACAUCAUCUCUGCUUCCACAUCCUGCAUCCAUGCAAUCCUGGGUACACAAAAUGUUCCAUGAGGCAUAACAGGUUUCCAACCCCUGAACCUAUUAGACGCAUUACAAAUUGUAAAUUGUGACAUGGUUUUUGUUGAAUAUGUGAAUAUGUGUUUCUUCCUUUCUUUUGUUAUUUUUAACAAUUGGAGUUAAUUGUUAAUUUUAAAAUUAUCUCUCCAUAAUAAUAAA